AUGUCGCAACCCCAUCCCGACAGCCCCCUGAGCCCCUCUUCGGGCGACGCAGUGUCUGCUCCACCAAACGGCCCAGUGUCUUCGAGUGCGAGUACGACAAAGACUGGCCCACAGGCGUCUGCAGCAAGGAAGCCCCGCGUGGCAUUGGCCUGCAAGAGAUGCAAGCGACGAAAGCAGCGAUGCGACGGUGUGCGGCCAGUAUGCAGAUCGUGUGAGCGCGCUGGUGUAGCGUGUGCAUACGAGAGGACCCUCCGCCCGCAGUAUCCGGGCGGCAAGUCGGUUUAUAUUAAUGCCCUGGAAGAGCGAAUCGCCUUUUUGGAGGCCCGUCUGCCAGACCAUGCAUCAGAUCAUUAUGAAAACGGCACAGAGCCACUCCACAAUGGUUCCUCGACGGCUACUGAAGGGCCUCCAGCUUGUCAACCGCCGUCGACUGGAUCGCGUCGUGAGUCGCGAGACGAGUACUUUUCCGAUGAGCUUGAAGGUGAGGAGAGGACCUCGCUCGUCGACGGCGUAGCCUACCUCUCUCUAUGUGCAUCCGGGACCACUGAUACGACGUCUGAACCGUACUAUGUCGGCUCCAGCUCUGGUGCUACUAUUGCUCGCAUCAUACAGUCAUCCAUCUUUCGAAGCUCCCGGAAGAGGGCAGUCACUCGGCCUGCAGCUCAGGCGAGUCCUACUUACAGCACCGCGAGACCACCUCCACCGCCAGAGUCUGCACAUUCCGAUGACAAUGUCGUCGAUUUUCCUGACCACCAGCAAGCACGCAUGCUGUUUGACGUGUUCUUCGAGCGUAUACAUACGCGCUGGCCAUUGCUAGAUCGUGUGGUCUAUACAAAGCUUUUCGAAAAGCAGUACACACAGGGUGCUUUGUCUAUCAUCGAGCGCAGCAUCUUCCACCUCAUCUAUUCCAUCACAGCUCGCUUUCUGUCUUUGACGCGGAAGCCAUGCGGUGUCGACUAUGAACACCAUCUCGUUGCGGCAACAGAGCCAAUGGACUAUAUUCUGGAUCAACACAACCUUGCGACUGUCCAGUUUCUCAUUCUGCUUGGGGUCCAUGGCCAGCGGUCUCCUUACGGAGCAGGUGCCUGGUCUCAGAUCCGGUAUGCUACAUCGGUUUGCAUCGAGAUGGGCCUGCAUAGGAAGAGAAGCUCCAUAUGCUCGCCCCAGCAAGCAAGAGAUGCCGAGCUUCGCCAUCGAGCAUUCUGGGCAUGCUAUUGUCUCGAUCGAACUACUAGCAUUGUGCUUGGUCGUGCUUUUGCUAUUGCGGAUCGAGACAUUAACGUAGAGUUGCCCAGCACAAGUCCUGAAUUCUGGACUUUGACGCAUCAAGAAGCUCCAGAUCCACACGAGGCCCAGUGGUCCAACAUUGAGCCUUUCAUCCACAUGAUCAAGCUCGACCAGAUCCAGUCUCGCAUCCACAAGACCGUGUUUCGCGUGGACCGAGACGUCUUUGGCGGCACAUUCGAACAGCGAGCCAAGCUUGACCAGAAGAUGGCUAAAAUCCGUUCUGAUCUGGACGAAUGGCUCCGGACCUGUCCGCAGACACCCAAGCAGGAGAACAAGAUUACGUGGAUGUACGACCCGGAGAGCGCAUACCUCGAUGCACGCGACUUUUAUAGCGUCCAGUAUCACAAGGCAACGCUCUUCCUCUUCACCGUCUUCCUGCCUACACUCGACACCACCGACGCACGCUUCGUCACGUGCGCUCGCUCCGCAGCCUGUGUCUGCAAUGCGUACAAGCGGCUCAGCCAGAACCGCACCUUGACCUAUACCAUGAUAUCGCUGCACUCGUGCUUUGUAACGGGUCUGACGCUCGUCUACUGCAUCUGGCGCGACCGCUCCCUUUUUUCCUACGACGUCCUCGAGGCCACGCGCGCAUGCUCCCAGAUCCUGACUAUCUUCGGCGAAAAGUGGCCUGGCGCCGUCAAGUACCGCGACAUCUUCGAUGCGCUGUCUGGAAGCCUGUUCAAGACUGUUGUGAAUGCCACGGCGAGCACAGCACUGCAGGCAAAUGGCUCGCAACCGCUGCAACUCGACGUCGACGCCGAACCAGCAUUACAGGGCUCGUCGUCUUCGCAGGGCCAGCGCCAAAGCUACGAGGAACCGCCCUCGAAUCCACGACGCGGCAGCAAACCCACCUUAUCCCGCAUGGUGACGGAUGCGGUAAAAGAAGCCUUCAUGGAGGUCGACGAAGAAGCCCCCGGAGGCUGGCAGGGCUGGCGCAUGUGGAACGAAAUGGUGCGCGAUGACACGACGCCCGUGCUGAAUGCCACUGCCAUGAGAGUCGAUGGGUUUGGCCACGCUCAGGCCGAAAUGAGCUGGACGACGUAUGAAAGUGGCCCGGGAUUCUACGGCGUCGAUCCCAUCCAGGACGCUGCGAUGCAGACGGAUGGACACGGCAUGUUGGAUGUGAAUCAGUGGAGUUUUGGCGGCUAUCGAUGA